UGCAAGUUUAGCCAUGGCACUCAGCCUCCUCUCCCCGAGCCUGUCCCGCCUGGGCCUGUGGGCUUCUGUAGUGAUCCUGAUUGUAAUCGUCCUCAAGCUCCUCAGCCUGUUGUUGCGGAGGCAGAAGCUGGCCAGGGCUCUGGACAGCUUCCCAGGGCCCCCUACUCACUGGCUUUUUGGUCAUGCUCUUGAGAUCCAGAAGUUAGGGAGCCUGGACAAGGUGGUAUCCUGGUCCCAACAGUUCCCCUAUGCCCAUUCUCUCUGGCUUGGACAAUUCCUUGGUUUCCUGAACAUCUACGAGCCUGACUAUGCCAAAGCUGUAUACAGCCGUGGGGACCCAAAGGCUCCAGAUGUGUAUGACUUCUUACUCCAGUGGAUCGGGAAAGGCUUACUGGUUCUUGAUGGGCCCAAAUGGUUCCAGCACCGCAAGCUGCUCACACCUGGGUUCCAUUAUGAUGUGCUGAAGCCCUAUGUGGCCAUAUUUGCUGAGUCCACACGUGUCAUGCUGGACAAAUGGGAGAAAAAGGCUAGCGAGAAUAAGAGCUUUGACAUCUUCUGUGAUGUAGGACACAUGGCGCUGGACACCCUCAUGAAGUGCACCUUUGGCAAAGGAGACAGUGGCCUAAACGACAGAGACAGCAGCUACUACCUGGCAGUCAGUGAGCUCACAUUGCUGGUGCAGCAGCGCAUCGAAUCCUUCCAGUACCACAAUGACUUCCUCUACUGGCGCACUCCACACGGCCAGCGUUUCCUGCGGGCCUGCCAGAUAGCCCAUGAGCAUACAGACCAGGUCAUCAGGCAGCGGAAGGCAGCCCUUCAGGAUGAGAAGGAACAGAAAAAGAUCCAGCAGCGGAAACAUCUGGACUUCCUGGACAUUCUCCUGGGUGCUCGGGAUGAAGGUGGGAUCAAGCUGUCAGAUGCAGACCUCAGGGCUGAAGUGGAUACCUUCAUGUUUGAAGGCCAUGACACCACCACUAGCGGUAUCUCUUGGUUUCUCUACUGCAUGGCCCUUUACCCUGAGCAUCAGCAGCGGUGUAGGGAGGAGGUCCGUGAGAUCCUAGGAGACCAGGACUCCUUCCAGUGGGACGAUCUGGCCAAGAUGACCUACCUGACUAUGUGUAUCAAGGAGUGCUUCCGCCUCUACCCACCGGUGCCCCAGGUGUACCGCCAGCUCAGCAAGCCAGUCACCUUUGUGGAUGGCCGCUCUCUACCUGCAGGCAGUCUCAUCUCUAUGCACAUCUAUGCCCUCCAUAGGAACAGUGCUGUGUGGCCUGAUCCAGAGGUCUUUGACCCCUUGCGCUUUUCUCCUGAGAAUGUGACAGGACGCCACCCCUUUGCCUUCAUGCCUUUUUCUGCCGGGCCCAGGAACUGCAUUGGGCAGCAGUUUGCCAUGAAUGAGAUGAAGGUGGUCACAGCCCUUUGUUUGCUGCGCUUUGAAUUCUCUCUGGAUCCCUCAAAGCUGCCCAUCAAGCUUCCCCAGCUGGUCCUGCGCUCUAAAAAUGGCAUCCACCUCCACCUGAAGCCACUGGGCUCUGGGAAAUAGCUCUUCAGAGACUACAGCUUAGACAUCACAGGCUGUAGCUUUUUCUGGGAUGUUGCUAUCCUAGCUUGAAUGUAGAGUCAUCAUGGAUCCCUGCUUUUGGGGGGCUUAUAGAUGUGAAAGCAUUGGCACUGACAGUCUCGUGAAGGCAGUCCCUUGUAAACACAUGUGUCUAAUGACUCCAUGACUGAACUCUGCAGCUCAUUCCUUCACUCCACAAACAUUUGUUGAACAUCUGGGUGUCUUGAGAAACUUCAUUUGUUUCUCGUAACUAAUGUCUUUCAAAAACAAACAAACCACAACCAGAAAAAUACAUUCCAUCCCUUGAAAAAUCUUGGUGAAGACCAUGGAAAUGUUGCCUUGACAUUUGUGGAAGUUGGAUGGGAAGGAGGGAUGGUUUGGACAGAAGGUGACUCUUCAUUGACUUGCAUUUCUUUAACUGCCUCUGUGUAUUUGGAAUAUAACAGACACAACGAAAAACUGU